AUGUUCUGUACCUCGCUACGGAGGCGCAAGGAAUGGGCACCUGUUGUUCAUCGUCUGCUUCAGAAUAAAAAUCCCAAAUUCAGAGAGAGCAAGCUCGAUACUCACGAUGUCAACCUGCCACUGCCCAGCCCUGGCGCACCUGGAACACGGUAUCUGCGCUUCCUUCUUCUGUCACCGGCCGAUCAGGAUCCAACUGCCAGACGACAGCGCAUCGAGCGACUCGAGAACCAGUCCGGUGGGAACGAAGCUGCCAUCAUAUGGCUAGUAGAAGAAGGUGGCGAUCAGUCCUCUUUCUUGCAGUUCCAGAUUGAGCUCGUCGAUAGAUUCGAUAUCCCGCUCCUUCCGCUCCGAAACAUCGAGAGUCUGCCAGACACUCUCCACAGAUUCCAUCGUUCAUUACUCCAAGGCAGCGCUUCUCAACAGAAUUCUGCCCCCUCUCAAAGCAUGGGAGCCAUGCAGACGCUCCUUCCCUACAGCGGCCUCUCGCCUCCAUUGCGCGAGCACACAACCAACGUCCUUACAGAUCUGACAAUGGGGUUUGCAAACCUAGCCAACAUGACAGCCACUGAGACUGGGCAAUUGGAUCUCGCAGAAUACCUCGACCAAGAGGAAGCACGGCGGGUCAUCUUGUUCUGGACACACGAGUAUCUGCUGUGA